GGGAUAUUGAAGUGAUUUAAAACAGUGGUUUCUAUCACGCCUUCAGCAGAUCCAACUGUAACACUUUACUCCGUUUCUUUUAUGACGAUGACGGCGCCUUCCAUUUCUGUUAUCCGGUUAAAAGCGACGCCGUUGCCGUCACCCUUUCCUCCGCUCUCCUCCACUCACCGCCGCGGAGUUCGCUGCUUCUUCACCAUUCCGGUCGCUUCCUCGGUCCGCCGGCAACCACAACGGCAAAAGCAAUAUGAGUCCAGGAAGGCCAAACAAUCGGAUAAAAGACUUCUCAAAGUUCGCGAAUCCGUUAAGCAGCUCGCUGAAGCUCCGGCUCCCGCGCUCUCGCCGGAUGAUAUGUCUCCUCGGCUCUCGGAAACUCAAGCUAUCGGCUUAGUUGCCGCUUCGCAAGCCAACUUCAUGCGCGUGAUUGUCCAAAUUCUUCCCCCAGAACAAGAAGAAGAGGAAGAACAUUCUGGAAACGUUGAAUCGGCGGCGGAUGAGGGGAACACAAAGUCUGAUUCCGUCGUCAGAGGUUGGAUUGGGAUGGAAUUGUUGUGCGUGGUGAAGGCGGUGUUGAAGAAGAUAAAGAGGAGAGUGUUGGUCGGGGACAGGGUUUUGGUAGGGUCCAUCGAUUGGGUGGAUAGGAGGGGUAUGAUUGAGGAUGUUUUUGAGAGAGAUUCUGAGACCGGGGAUCCUCCGGUGGCAAAUGUGGAUCAUUUGGUGGUUAUGUUCUCCAUGGACAAGCCCAAACCCGAGGCCAGUGGUUUGAAUAGAUUCUUGGUGGAAGCUGAAUCAACUGGCAUUCCUUUCACCAUUGCAUUCAACAAAUGCGAACUCGUCGAUCAACAGACGUUGUUAACUUGGAAAUCCAGGCUUCAGAGUUGGGGCUAUGAGCCGGUAUUCUGCAGUGUCGAAUCAAACCAUGGACUUGAUGUGUUACAUGCUAACUUGAGAGGAAAGACAUCUGUUAUUAUUGGUCCAAGCGGAGUCGGAAAAUCGAGUUUGAUUAAUGCUCUGAGGAACAAUAAGGAAUUUGUGGGUACUGCUGAACAAGAUAACUGGUUUGAUCCCAUUUUGGGCAGUAAUUGGUUGGAUGAGCAACGUGUUGCAGAGGUAUCAACAAGAAGUGGGAGAGGCAAGCACACUACUAGACAUGUUUCCUUGCUUCCGUUGCUCGGUGGGGGUUAUCUUGCUGAUACUCCUGGAUAUAACCAGCCUAAUUUGAUGAAAGUGACAAAGGAUUCCCUUGCACAACAUUUUCCUGAGAUACGAAAAAUGCUCAAGGAGAAAGAACCUUCCAAAUGUUCAUUCAAUGAUUGUUCACACCUUGGAGAACAGGGCUGCGUGGUGAGUGGAGAUUGGGAGAGAUACGCUUAUUACCUUGAAUUAUUCGAUGAGAUCAAACUUAGGGAGGAAUUUCAACUAAGGACACUAGGAACUAAGAGAGAAGGUGAUGUGAGGUAUGUUUAUUUUUGGAAUUGCAACUUUAUAAACGUCUCUGUUUCACUAUUCUGUAUGUAUUUUAUGUUCUGUGGCAUUGAUGUCGUUGAUAAUCGAUCAAAACAAGAAGGUACUCAAACUGUGUUUUAAAACCAACAUUUUCACCUCUGGUUCCCUAUGAGAAUUGCAUAAAGUGUAGGAACAUUUAAGUGUAUCCCUAUACUGCUAUAUGUCUGUUUAACAACCAAUACAACACCAUUUGUUUGAAGAGAAAACUUAUGAAAUUCAAAUGAAUAGUACUUUCGGUCUAUGUAUAGUUACGGUUUACUUAACUGAUUCUUGUAGAAACAUUUAAUUUGAGCCCUAUUCUGCUAUUUCUGUCAGGGGUGGUAAGUUACAAACCAGUUUAACACCAGUUGUUUGAAGAGAAAACUUAUAAAAUGCGAAACACUGAUUCGUAGUUCCGGUUCAUGGAGCUUUACUGUUUACGUUACUGAUUCUUGUGGUUGAUAUCAGUUUACUGUAACACAAACCAUCUGCAAGUCCAGCUGGCUCAUAUCUCUCUCUUUCUGUUUUUUCUUUUUACAAAUAUCUAAGCUCUUAUUUCAGAUACAAGGUGGGAGGCAAAGGUAUCAAGCAAGCAGAACCACUUUUGGAACCCAAGAAGCAUAGAAGGCAAUCACGCAAGAGUAUGAAUCAGUCAAUAUCAGAUGAACUAGAUGAAUACUUUGAGGAUAAAGAAAACAGAGUUGAAGACGAAGAUCCAUUUCUGAGGGCUAUGAGGCAAGAAAAUCAGUGAGGAUACCUUGUCGUUAUCUACCGUAAAUAACUUAUUAAGCUUUUAGGUUAGGAAGGAUCAAGUUGUCAUCAAUUACUCACGAACAUACAUUUUGUUUCUGCCAUAGUUUUAUCUUUCAUCAUGGAGGGAACUUGACAUUUGUACAUUUAAUGGCAGAAGAAGAGAGAAGAAAGACUGUAGAUAGAGAAAGAGAGAACUGCGAUUGUAAAUUGUCUAGGCAGAACUUAUGUCCGCUAGGCCAUUUCUAACCAGGUCAUGUAAAGUUUUGUUAAUGAAUCAUGGUAGCUUAACACAAGAAAAUCCUUUACUUUCCCUAUCAAUUUUUACACCGAAGAAAAAGUGACUCUAGUUUCAUCAGACACUAGCAGCUUCAAUCCUUGAUUAUGAAUUACCAAUAUGCAGUUAUCUAGUCCAAAGACAAAAGGAAAGACCAAGGCAAAAACCAGGUCACCUUUGGAGAGAGUAAACAUAACCAUUCCCAUAUAGUCAUCCUUAUAGCAGAACUUUAAGGAUGGAG